AUGUUGGAGAACCUCUGCACACUUCCGCUUUCGGCGGACCUUUUCGCCCAGGCUCUUCACCCAGAAAAGCCGCUUCUCACAGUUGGAUUGUCCAGUGGUCAUGUGCACACUUUCAGCUUGCCCCCGGCCAAAAAAGACGGCAAGGGAUUGAUCAAGGAAAUUUGGUCAACUCGCCGUCACAAGGGAAGCUGUCGGUGUCUGGUCUAUGGACAUGAUGGCAAAGCGUUGUACUCUGCCGGAACGGACUGCGUUGUCAAGCACUUUGACCCAGAGACUGGCAAAGUCAUAUCCAAGAUCAACAUCCCUAAACGAGGCAAUCACGAUGAUCCGCCUGCCAUUAUGCACGCCCUAACCCCGAAGACCCUUUUGCUCGGCACAGACUCCGGCGCACUAUAUAUUCUGGAUCUGCUCAAGGAUGGAAGCCUGAACCCCGAGCCUGUUCGGAAGCACAUGCCCCACGACGACUAUGUCACCAGCAUCACCCCGCUCCCGCCGUCGGCGGAGAGCACCUCGGGCUUUUCGAAGCAGUGGGUGAGCACAGGUGGCAGUACGCUGGCCGUCACGGACGUGCGCUCUGGGAUCAUGGCUAGGAGUGAGGACCAAGAGGAUGAGUUGCUGUGCUCGGCCAUCAUACCCAGCGGACUUGGUCCCAAGAAGAUGCGGGGCAACGCCGUUGUGGCGGUCGGUACCGGUUCGGGCGUUUUGACCAUGUGGGACCGCGGCUCCUGGGAUGAUCAGCAAGAACGCAUCUACGUGGCCGGUGGCCGUGGCAAGAAGGAGCCUGAGAGUCUGGAUUGCAUAGUUCGUGUGCCUGCUUCUCACGGCAGUGGCACCAAGGUGGCUGUGGGUGUUGGCGACGGCAGCGUCUACAUCGUCGACCUGAGAAGGCGUGAAGUCGAGUUGACCCUCAGGCAUGAUGAAGUAGAGGGUGUCACGGCCAUUGGGUUUGACUGCUAUGACAGGAUGAUCAGUGGUGGUGGCAAGGUAGUCAAGGUCUGGGCAGAGGCUGACUCACCAGAAGAGGCUGAAAGCGAGGAUGACGACGAAGAUGGCUCGUCCAAGAAGAGGCAACGGGGCGAGGAUGACGACAGUGAUGAUAGCGACAGUGACGCCGACAGUUCGGAAGACGAGAAGCCGGCCAAGUCCAAGUCGAAGCGAAGGAAAGGCAAGGGGCCAUUGCCUGGCACAAUUGCAUUCCCAGGCCUUGACUAG